UUAUGUGGUUGAACAUACACACUCCAGAAAAGGUUUAGGUAUUUGAUAUAAAAAUUGUGCGAUAUAUUUUAAAAUAUUUCCACCAGAAAGGCACGCGCCUAAGCCUACUUGGUACAAAUUCGAUAUUCUUUCGAAACGUUUAGUGGGAAUUCAAAAAAAAUAAUAUGUUUGGCUUAACGCGUCGCUUGGUCUUACAGGCCACUCGGUUUCGUCGCCCGCUAAUAUCGCGUUCCUAUGCAUCGCAAUCGAUAAACCAAAUGCUGCAGCUGCAGCAGAUGGAGAUCUGCGCUGAUCCUCCGUCUCGGGGCCUUGUGAUUGGUGUGUAUGCCGAUGAGGAGGAUAAGAACGAUGCCGGUAUCCUGACGCCUUCAGGCUGGCGCUACAAUGUACAGAAGACCCAUGGCCGGCUCCUGGAAGUACUGCGCAUGUCGGGACCUAUGCCUAAGCGCGGCGAGGCGCGCAUGCUCUUUGCCAUAGAGCCCGAACGUGUGCCGUAUUAUUCGGCGGUGGCAGUUGUGGGGCUGGGCAAGGAAUGCCUCGGCUAUAAUCCUUACGAGGUGCUGGACGAGCAGAAGGAAGCAAUAAGACGCUCGGUGGCACAGGCUUGCAAGGAAUUGGCGGAAUUGGAUACGGAUCGCAUUGAAGUUGAGAACUGUGGACAUGCCGAAUCGGCUGCUGAAGGUGCGGCCAUGGGCAUUUGGAUUUAUCAAGAGCUGAGAGAUCCAAAGAGGCGAAUCGCAGUACCCUCAAUUGAUUUGUAUGCCACAAAGGACGAGAUUUGCGACAUUGAGGGCUGGCGCAUAGGCCUGCAAAAGGCAGCUGCGCAGAACUUGACGCGACAGCUGCAGGAGAUGCCUUCGAAUCUACUGACGCCCACUGCUUUUGCACAGAACGUCGUUGAGGUCCUGUGUAAGUCGGGCGUGAAUGUGGAAGUCAAGGUGGAGGGCUGGGCCGAGAGUCAGUCCAUGCAUGCCUUCCUAGCAGUAGGCAAGGCCUCCUGCGAGCCGCCAAUAUUCCUGGAGCUGAGCUACUACGGCACCUGUGCGGAGGAGCGACCACUGGUCCUUGUUGGUCAGGGCAUCACCUUCGACGCCGGUGGUCUGUGCUUGAAAAGGAAGGGUGAGCUUUUCCAUAUGCGCGGCGAUAUGACUGGAGCCGCUGUGGUGGUGGCCACCUGUCGUGCUGUAGCCGGUCUGCGACUGCCAGUCAACAUUCGUGGCUUGAUCCCGCUGUGCGAGAACGUAAUUGGUUGCAACUCCUUCCGUCCCGGCGACAUGGUGAAGUCCAUGAACGGCAAGACCAUUGAAGUUCAGUGCACGGAUCACGAGGAUGUUCUGGUUCUGGCCGAUGCUUUGCUAUACGGACAGAACUUCUGUCCCAAGUGCAUCAUUGACAUUGGAACCUGCUCGGGCUAUAUGCGGCAGGCACUCGAUGAGGCGGCCUGUGGUGUGUUCACCAACUCAGAGAUUCUCUGGCAGCAGAUCAAGCACGCCAGCAUGCAUACCGGAGAUCGGGUCUGGCGUUUCCCACUAUGGAACUAUUACAGCAAGGCAGUCCGCGCAGGUGGACGCAGUGAUGUGCAGAACUAUGGCAUCGCCCGUGGUGGUCGUCCCUGCAAGGCUGCCGCCUUCCUCCGAGAGUUUGUGCCUUGCGGCCAAUGGAUGCACAUCGAUGCUACGAACGUUAUGAUCACGAAGGGCCAUGAGUACGAAUAUCUACGUAAGGGCAUGGCAGGCCGACCAACUCGCACCCUGAUUGAGUUCAUUGCUCAAACCAUUUGCAAGGACACGGCGCCCAAACUGACGCAGAAGUAGGAUAGAAUAUUCGUGCACUGCAAAUUUUGUUUUAUUUUUUACACGACGAUGCCACAGUAACACUCACAGAGCAACUUUUAAACGACUGACCUGACCUAUGAUCUAUUUCUCUAUGCGUUUUAUGUUUUUAAAACGGAUUUUACUUAUGGACUACGACUUGUUAAAGUUAACGUUCGUUUUUACAUUUUUGGGACUAAUUUACGGAAAUUCUUUGUUUUAUAAUGUAAAAAAAAACGUAUAAAUAAAAAUUACAAGUUCCCUACUUAUAAGAAAAAUAAA